GCUAUUAUUUUAUUUAUACCUAGGUAUCUUUAUUUUGGUAGCCAAAUCAUUACAACAUUCGGAUUUGUUAUACGCAGUAUGUGAUGGGUAGCACGUGUGAAGUCAUUGCUACGUUCCAACGUUACUUAAUUAUUUCAUAAGGCAAUUAUGCGGUCCUACAUCUAGAACCUAUCUGAACGACGCACAUCAGUCCUUAAACAGGACCGAAUUGAAAGUGUAACUUUCGAUUGUUGUAUUGCACUGAUUCGUUUUAAUUAAAUAUAAUACACUAAAUUCGGAUGGCAAUUAACUGAAUUUGUUUUUUUUUGUUGACUUAUGGGUUAACACUUUGUCUCAUGGGAUGCAGGUAACAGGCGUGAUGGUUUGCGUCAUUUGCUUAAUGUAAGUCCGAAUGCGAAGAAAGGCUAUAACUAAUUUAGUGAGCUCAAGAAUCUAUCUUGCCUACAAUAUAAAGGGCGAUACGAACAUCUGCCCAUUAUCUGUUCGAAUCUAAUAACAGAACUGGAAUAUUGUUAUAAUUGUCAAAUGGAUUUGUAACGAGCCUGCGUAGAAUGAGAGGGUUACAAGUGCUGGUAAAGGCAGCAGGCUUUAAGCUCCUCGUCCUGAAAUCGUAGAUCUCAAAGCAUGGCAACCUCCUAUGAAGGCAUUUUCAAAAUCUCACCGCGAAGAUGUCUUCUGUCUUCACAAAACAUAAAUAGCAGUCCUUCUUUGUUGUUCUGUCUGUAGCAGAUAGCGCAUACAUAAUUAACUACCUUCAAUUUCCGCAUGAUUAGACUCUUUGGCAACCCGAUUGACUAUUUCUUAGCUCAAACAAUGCUAGCGUUCUAUAAACGGCACAUCUAAAUAAUACGGUACGACCGUCUUCUCUUCAAACGGAUAUUGUAACAGAAUGUAAUGGUAAAAAAUGUCCAAAAGCACCGAUACAUCAAAAAUAUGAAACUGACGAUGUUGCGGUACCCUUCUCUGGGGCAGAACUGAACUCACGACGCGGUUCCUUGACAAACAUGAUCAGACUUUGCGGAGAUCCGUGACGUAAUCUACAGCGCAAAGAUUAACCCACGUUUUAACAUAGACGGUGAGCAGUACAAGUUUAAAUUACGGCCCAGACUGCAUAGUCAUUUUUAUAGUGUCACUACUAAUGAGCCCGGCUGAUUACGUCGCAAACCAGUCAGAAGACCACUACAGCUCUCCCAGGUUAUAAUAGUCUUCAAGCAAAAGAAACAAUGAGUUAAGCUCAAUUACAGAAAGUGGAGAGUUCGAACAAAGUUCGUUACAAGUUUCUCACACGAGGUGAAACAGCACUAACAUAAGGAACAGGAAAGCCCAACGACACGUUCAUGUGCUAUAUAUAUAUAUAUAUAUAUGAUAUAUAUGUGUGUGACGAAAUGUUUGUCUGUUGGGUUAUAUGGCUACUCUUUCUCAAAUGCCUGCUAUAAUACAUACACGGUGGAGGAAACAGUGGCAGCGAACCAUAAAGAGCUUCACCCCGGGCGAAUGUAGGCCUACGGCUAACGGCAGCAGCAUCGGCUGCUUUGCUGCCGGUGGUGCAAGUGUCGGGCCAUUAACUGAUGGUUCUCUCCAUGAACUAUGCUCUGUCAGCCGGUUGUAAUGAUGGUUAGGGUGGUUUGCUACAGCUGUGGCUGCCGCUGUGAUGUCUCUACAAACACCGCUGCCUUCGCUUACUGCUGCCACCGGCACGAUCGCCGCCAUUGGGGAGAGGGUGGCCUGUAUUGGUUAAAGCGUGAAGCCGCCAGGACAUCAUUUGUUCUCUAGAGCCGUAAAGCUGCUACGCGCUACAAAACAUUGCGACUGUCGAUAGUUGACCGGGACCCGCACCCGCACGGCGGACGGACGGGAGGCAGCAGCACUCUGAUAUGCAAUGCGCUCGCAAGGAACGGUUAAGCACUGCAGUUAUCAGUGUUAAUAUGUGAUCUUUCGAAUUUUUCUGUAUUUUACUACUAACUUGGAUUACUGAACUUUGAAGAGUUCGAUAGUUGGAUACGAUCGGUGUUUUGUGUACGCAAAGCGUUAUCGAUAUUUAUUUUAUGUUUGCUUGUUUUGUUUGAAUAAAACAGGUCUAGAUGUAUUCCACUGACAAUUGUGAGUUGAAUUACACCUCCUACAGGAGCUCUGGUUAGGUGCAAGGGUUGACAGAGUUAGAAAAGAGCGAUUGAAAUGCUAGAGAGAGCAAAAUAUCAUCUGAUUAAUGACAGCUCUUGAUGGCGCCGCGACGAACUUAGUACGUUGCUUGCGACCACUAGUCCUAGAGACCCAUUUUACAGAGCAGUGAACGUAACAGUGGCACUAAUCCGCCGAUCCUUUUGCUUGAAGGCCAACCCGAUCAGCUAGAGUAGCUAAACGUCUGACUUAGGUUAAGUGCCUGCAAUGUUCCUGUAACUGGCUGCACCGACUAGCACUCUAAUAGCCCCGGACACUUGUUGCACAACAAAAACUUUAUCACGCAUAAGCAUCGUCAAAACAAAGCGCAUAAUAAAGAUAGAUGUGGCAAGAGAAAUUGCCAAGAUAUCAGCGCUUACCAGCGUAGAUAAUAUGUACCAUUUUUGAUCCUAUCUGUGCAAACAUUAGUCAUCCCCAUUGAGCGAGAUUGUACAACAGAUCGUACCCGCGGAUCAAAUGGAACUUAGUGCGUGAUUCGAACGGGUGAUUCGAUUUCCCGUAGUCUGGUGAAGUCUGAAGUGACGUGACCAUUGUGAGCUCUGACGCUGUUACUUUGUUGUUGUUGUUGUUGUUGUUUCUUGACGGCUGUAAUCACGAUUACGGAUGGUCCUGUGACAUUUUCGUCUUUGGUGGUGCUUCUGGUGCCUGCGUGGUGUAACUGGCGCGCUCUCUAUAUGCUGAUGGCGGGGCGUACGGAACAUGUCUACUGAACUGAACCUGGCGCGACGUACGAUUGGCGUCUCGUACAGGAACGUCGAGGGUGUAAUGCACGUGAAUCCAGACCUGUUUCUCGAUGAUAAGUCAUCGAAGCGUCGAACGAGCAACAUGAAGGUUUGCAUACGGUGUUGCUGCGCACUGUCGGUGAUUAAGCUUCUGCUCAUUGGCGGCACCUUGCUGUAUCUGUACCUGCGGGAACAUCAUCUUGGCUGCUACACGCCAGCUAAUGGCAAAGUUUGCUACAGCGAGAUAGCAGAAAAGGAUCGGUACAAAUGGUUCGGCACAAAAACAGACUAUAACGUCACCGUUCAGCUCGCAAAGGAUGAAUUUGAGAAACCUCCAGCAGUCGGUGCCGGAUGUGAACCUGUGCUAUUUUACUUGUUUCAACGGCAUACAACCCGGUAUCCUGACCGUAAAGCUAUCGAGGAAGCUUCUGUCACAUUGCAGCGAUUGGCUAAAGAGAUUACAAGUCAGGAGAAGAGUCGACUAUGCAAACAGGAUUUGCACGACCUGUCGAAGUGGCUGUUUCCUUUUGUGCCAGAUCAAGAUAAUAUGAUUGCGCCCGAAGGCAUCCUUGUCACCGAAGCUCAAGUGAAACGGUUAUCGAAUCGAUUCCCGUCAGUGUUCCACGAGCAACGACCGUUCGAAAGUUCCCCAAUUCAGGUCGACUUCACCUCGCGCGCUCGAAGCCGAAGCACAGCAUACGCUUUUAUGACGCAAUGGUACACGAAAGAAGUGUUCAAUAGCAUCAUUGAGCCGCAGAUUCGGAACAACGUCAACGAUCCGCUAUUACAGUUCCAUAAUGAAUGUCGUGAUUUACUGACGCGAAGGGGAAAAUACGUCAAGACACCAUCGCAAGUAUCGCAACUUGAAGCUAGCACCUAUUAUUCGAGUCUCCUUGAAACACUUAGCUCGAGACUUGGCAGAAAAGUGACAAAAGGUGAAAUAAAGUUAAUGUUCUCACAGUGCAGAUACGAAGUAGCUAUUAUCGGUAAGUCGCCCUGGUGUGCUGUGUUUACCACGGAAGAUUUGAAGUUACUCGAAUUUCAGGAGGACCUAGAUGAUUUUUAUAAAGACGCUUAUGGCAACCACCGCAACUGGCAACAGGCCUGUCCUAUCGCUCAAGAUCUUUUCGACUACAUUAUUGAAGCAGAGGCACCUUCGUAUACAGAACACAACCCCCGAACGGUUCUGCAUUUUAGUCAUGCUGGAGCAUUCAAAAAGGUGUUGUCGUAUUUUGGCGUGGCUCGAGACAAUAAUACCGGCGACGCACAACCUGCCAUGACCUGGGAUUCAGUUUGCGCGAAGCGAUCCUGGCUGUCAUCACAACUGUGCCCGUUCAAUGCUAACAUACUGUUCGUGAUGUACUCAUGUCCUGCUUCUGAGGGUGAUUCAGAGGAACAACAAUACAAAAUGGCCACAUUCGUCAACGAACGACUCGUACAACUACCGGCAUGCUCGACUGAGUUCUGUCCACUGAGGGAAUUCAGAAAGGCUUUCCAGACUACCCCAUCGAGCUGUAACAUUUCACAGAUCUGCUCGUAGCAGGGCAGUAGAUAGUAAGCAUACAAUAAUUAUAUAGGAUGGAGAUAUUUUUUUAAGCGUCAUCUUAGCAGUGCUGGUCUAUGAGAAAACUAUCAACAACCAGUAUUUGAUUACUUGUUGCAAUAUGCUACCUAAUUGUGUCGAAUUGAGGCAAGUUCCUGUUUAGACGCCAACUUGUGAAUAGGAACUUCUGUUUCACAUGCCUAUGACAUAUGUCAUUCAUUUGUGGACAUUUCAAUAUGCUCAUAAAUGUCAAACAGAUGGCUAGGUGCUGCUACAAAGUAAUUAAGGCAACUAACUUUCGUUAAUGUUCAAGAAUAGGUUUUAGAGUCAACUAUGGAAAAAUUAGUAGAUGCGGUAUGAACGAACGCAUGAGGCAACACUACACAUUUUUCCAUUGAAACUAACUGAGAAACGUAUGUGUGGGUAGCUAAUUGUAUCGUGUGCCUGUUAAUAACGAAUGAAUCAAUUAUUAAUUGAGAAACAUUUUAAUACACAGGUACUUUUACGGUGCGUUUAUGAGGGAUAUUAAUAGCAUGUUUUUCAGUGGUGAUGAGUGUGAUAUCAAUAUAUAACGUACAUUAUAGUGUAAAAUAUAGAUAGACGUAUUGAAGAAUGGACAGAGAUUUAGAUUUUCGUUAUUUGCCUGCGUGUGUUUGUUCUAAACGCCAACCUUGUUGUAAUAAUAAGUCGAAUGUCAUCCAUCGAGACCAUGGAUAUCGUGGAUAGAGCUUCGUCUGUAUUGUAUGAAUAUUAUGAAGUAAAUUCUUCCCGGUGAAAUUCUAGUCUGAUCAUUGUCAAGGGAGGUGUCUUCCGUAAUCGAGGCUACCUUGAGUCGGUUGUAGAUAUUAAUAUAGAACGCAGGUCGAACAUUUCUAUAAUUGUAGUUCAAUCAGUGACAACUGAAGCAAUCUGAAGUAAAGGCUACUGCUUCAAAGCAGCGCCGGUUCAUAGCGACUAGGCCCCGUUGUGUGUAAGGGCAGAUGUACUAUACUACAAAUUAAUUUUGCUUACCUAAAGUAGACGGAUGGAAGGGUACAUACAUACAUAAUGUAAGUGAAGCUGUACAUGUUCUUGUUGAAAACUGAAUAAACUAUUACAGCGCUUUUUAUGUGAUAAGGGUCGAGCUAUUGAUCACAUUUAAACAACUACAACACAAGUCGCCUUGAGGAACAAAUAUAUUUUUAUUUUGUACAAAUCUUCAGCUAUGUUUCGGUUUCGCAUUUUUUUAAAUUCAGUUAAUUAUUUAUGAACGUGUCUGAAUGAAAGAGUACGCCUGUAUUUACUCAUAAAUCGACUUUACAAUUUACUGAUUUUUGAAAAUGAAAGCAACUUAACAUUGUUUGGUUGCAAAGUCUGUUGUUUCUUGAAUAAAUUUUUUUCCUUAAUUGCGAAACAGGGCGGUGUCAAUUUUUUCCAAAAUACUCACUGACAUCACCAUCAUUAUAUUACAUUGCGUUUAUUGUAAUAAACCACUGAUUAUAUGUUUAUAUAUACGUAUGUUUUAAUACAUAAUAAUUUAAUAUUUCUAAUAAUCUAGUUCCUAUCAGGAUUGAAGCUAGCAAGUGACUGAUGGGACUCACUGUUAUUUUCAGUGGUAGUAUUUCCAUUGGGUUGCCAUGGCGAUCUAUAUGAAAUUUGAGCAUUGCUGCUACCGAAUUUUGAGGCCACAGUACUACUACUACAGCCUAUUUCAUUUGGUCUUUUUCUUGAUUCUAUUUUUCCUUCGGGGUGUUGUCCACCCGUUGUUCCACUGCAAUGUACAUAUUUAUACUACAUGGCCUGAUGCAAAGACUUGGCCCUAUUCUUGCACGACGGAUAAACGCUUUGGACGUACAAGGGUAAAUUAAGUUCUCCUCUAUUUAGUUUCAUGUACCCAUAAUAUCCGUUCUUCUGAUGACACAUCCCUGCAAUCCGUUAGUUAAAUCUGGACAACCUGGCAUAUAGGCAGUUCUCGACUGUUCGAAAUUAUUCAAUUUAGUUAUACAUAUAACGAUCGAUGUCAUGCUUAAGGGAUUUCUUUAAGGGAAAAGGGGUGCUUAGCAAAAUUCUUUUCGUGGCACUAAGUUUCAGGAAUUACACUAGUAGCUGAAAGUUUUACCUAAACCAUUUCUUGUUAAUAAGCCCUUUGAAUUUACUGUACACGCCCAUCUAGCCCCCUAACCCGAAUACUUACUCGGUAAAUCUCUAACAAUGGCUUUUCUCUGACCCACAAGCCAUAACUAUCGGCCGCUUUCAUAAACGGCCAUAACUUUUUAUUUCUAUUAUUACACAAAUACAUUGCUACUAUUGAUUAAAGAGGUUUCGUAUCGUUCACUAGAAUAUAGGAUUAUUUGUCUAUUGAGACGACGACGAUUCAGGCACCCACAAGUCCCAUCUUAACCCAUUUCUAACAAGCCAACGUAAACUUCGUACCUAUACGACACACUUAAUUCUGUCAACGCCAAUGACUUUCACGAUGUCUUCAAAUAUACACACACCCAUGACAUUUAUACAAUCCUGGGUCAUAAAUGAACUACAACAGCUAUACAGAUGUUGCUGUUGAUGAAAAGGCGAAUUAUACUGUCAAAAACAUACCAAAAGUGGGUUUCCUCCGGUCGUGUUUUUUUCUAGUUCUUUUGCAUUACUGGCUUUAGUAGGUCUGCUUGAGUUCUUACGAUCCUCAUGUUCAUGAUCAGUAACCAUGAUGAUUUUGCUGCAUACAAUCAUUUGGGUAUCGGAGUGAUGCUUCGAGUUCGAGAGUUAAAAAAAAUCCCAUACGGCGAGUAACUGGUAACGCAAAGGAAAACUGAUACGAAAUGAUGCCUGGCGGGAGGAUCAGUUGCAUUUUCA